AUGUCGGACGCGGUGCUCCCAUCCCCGGGGAAGGGGAUGCGCACGACCGCUCGCUCGACCGACCCCGUCGCUGAGGCUUUCCGGCUCUCCGGGGUGCAUGCCUUCAAGGCCGAGGGCGGGGCAGGCAUGAACGGGGCCCGUGGCACGGCGUUGAGCAAGGCUUCGCGUGCGUCCAUUCGCGCCUCAGUGAACGGCUGGAAUGCACCCGGAGUCGGGGGUGGGGACGAGAUGGAAAUCGAAGACCGCGACAAGCCCGCCCUGACCUUCAAGGCUGUGGCUUCAGGCGUUCUCAUGGGAACGCUCAACACGUUCAUUCUGAUCUACUACGGACUAAAGACGGGUGUCUUCCCUGCCCUCAACGUGAUCGCCGGUCUCGGCUCCUUCCUCGUGUGCAAGGGCCUGACCAAGUGCCUCGGUGGCAUCUUCACCAGGCAGGAGAAUGCAGUGGCGCAAACCGCCGCCACUGCAUGUGCCAGCCUUUCGGCGUUGGGCUUCGCCUCUGGCCUGCUAGCAAUGUCCGAGGAGUCGUACAAGGUUGCUGGCGGUGCGGAGCUCGAGGGGAACAAGCUAGGUCCAGGCAACACGGUGGAGCUGACGUAUGGCCUAUGCGUAGCGUGGUGCUUCGCCGUCGGCUUGUUCGGCUUCUUCCUGGCGUUCCCAAUGAAGAGUAGCAUGAUAAUCGAGCAGCGGCUGACCUACCCGAGCGGCACGUGCGUGGCGGUCAUCAUCAAAUCGUUGCACACGGCGGGAGGAGGCGCAGAGGCCGCCGCGAAUGGCAUGGUCGGCCUCAAGGCCUUCUUGGGCGUCUAUCUGAUGAACAUGUACUUGUGGUUCUUCGACGGGAUCGGGAACUGGCCCAUCUUUGGUCUCUGGCUUGCAGAUUACGGAUGGACGAUCGAUUUCGAUCUAUCACAGGUGGCGAUCGGUUUCUUGCUUGGACCUGCCACCAACUGGUCGAUUCUUGUCGGCGCGAUUGUGGCGCACGGCGUCGUAAACCCGUACCUCGUCACAACGCGCAGCGGCGACUGCGCGACAUGGACCGGAGACGAGCCCUGCCCUUACUGGUUCGACGACGAGACUGUGCCGUCCGCCUACGUUGGCUCGUAUGGCUUCCUCGUCUUCUGCGGCUUGGGUAUCAUGCUCGCCGACGGUGUGUGGUCGAUCGUCGAGAUCACGUUCAUGCUCAUCAGCUCGGCGUUGUCGAAAGAUGGCACAAAAGCGGACAUUGACCCUGAGACCAAGGCACUCGACGAGUUGUUCCAAGGGGACAAGUCGCUGCCGUGGUGGACGUCGUUGGUCGGGUAUGCAGUCUUUGGGAGCUCGUGCGUCGCCAUCAUGCACUUUGCCUUCCACGUGAUUUGGUAUCAGACGGUCGUCGGCAUAUUGAUCAUCCCAAUUUUCGCCAUUGCGAUCCUGCAGUCGGUGGGAAUGACAGACUGGAACAUGUGCUCUGCCUUCGGCAAGCUUCUGAUGUUCGGGUUCGGCGCUUGGAACCGGUCUUCCGGGGAGAUCAUCCCGUCUCUCGCGCUGUGCAUGGUGACCAUUGGCGGCUGCGGCGCCGCCGCCGACCUAAUGUCCGACUUCAAGACGGGAUACUUGCUCGGCGCUUACAAGCGCCGCACCAUUUUACACUCUGCCGGGAUUGGCAUCUACGGUCCAAUUUAUCGCAUCACGCUCGUCAUCAACACCAUCCACAAGAUCCUCGACCUCUGCGGCUGCCGUGAGACGAUGCCGAUCCUCACCACCCUCAUACCGCUGCCGAUGGCGAGCGGCAUUGGCUUCUUGAUCCCCGCGAGCUGCUCGUUGGAGAUGUGCAUCGGCGGCACGCUCGCGCUCUACUGGGAGACGUUCAGCCCGGAGUUGGGCAAGAUGAAGAACUUCAUCGCGGCGGGCUUCAUCGCAGGCGGCGGCGUCACCGGACUCACGCAAGUGGUCAUUGCACUCAGCGGCGGGGCACCCCCGAUGACGGUGUCGUUUGGCGCAAGCUGA